GCCACCACGUUCAUAGAUGAGUUCAAACUGGCGGACAAUCCGAAGAUGGGGACAAAACCAUUAUUUUACUCCGUACGUUUUUCGCCCAUUUCUUUAAUUAAUCCAAAAAUCAAAUCUUUAUGACGUUAUCUCUUGAAAUUCAAUGAUUCUACCUCUUCAUCCACACAAAUUCACCACUUGGUUCUCUCAAACCCACUUCAAUCUGUGAGCAAAUUCACUCGAUUGAUGGUGUAUCACCAUGGCUGUUGAUAAUUCAUCUUCUUCGCCUAGCUUCCGUGAGCUUGAUGAUGUGUUUUUGCAGUCUCAAGCAAGAAUAUGGCUUGGAGAAGUGUUGCGCACAAGAUUUGAUGAGCAAAUAAGCAUAGGUGACCUGCUUUCUGAUGGGGAGCUGCUAUUUGAAGUUUCUAAAGCAUUAUGGAACAUGUUAUUGCAAAAAUACAUGGAACUUAAAAACUAUAAGGCCCGCAUGUUCGUACCAGUUGAUACACGGAAGAGCAUCGGGAGAUAUAGGCCUUAUGCGAAUGUUGAUUCAUUUUUGAAGGUAUGCAAGGUUAUGGGAUUGAGUGGUGUAGAUCUUUUCUCCCCAUCUGAUGUUGUGGAGAAGAAGAAUACUCGUAAAGUAUGUGUCUGUAUACGAUCUCUAUCAACAAAGGCUAGAUCUAAACGACUAAAUGUUCCAGACUUUGACGUUGUGACCAGCACGGUAGCAAUGUCAACAGAUGCAGUUAGAUGCAUCAGAAGAAGCUUGGAGUUAUCAUCUAUGUCCAGUGUUACUUGCGGACCAAGUAACCAUGCAAGAUUGAAAUCCAGGCAGAAAACAUCUGCUGCAUCAGACAUACAAGAAGAGGAGUCGUAUCUUGAAGAAUCCGAUGAAGAAAAUAGCCAUUUUUCAGACACUUCAUAUGUCGAUUUUCUUUAUUUAGAGUCGGAAGAGUCACCAGACACAGCUGAUAAGUACGCGCUGAAUCAAUCCAUACAACAAUCUGAUGCCAGCAACCGAGAACUCAAUAAACUCGCACAUUCACCGGUAUCCGUUCUUAUGCAGUAUGUUAACACAGAGAAUCAGUUGGACGAAACGUUAUCGAUAUGUAGGGUAUGGAGGAAGUUGCCUGAUGAUGCAGAGGCAUCCCUCACUAGCAGCGUGUUCGGCCGUGUGCUUGACUUUGACUUUGACUUUGAUGCUAAGUCUGAGUCAGAUGAUCUCACAACAUCAGAAUCUUCCACUUAUGAACAUGUAGAUCAUGGAUCGUUGAAUAAUACUAAAACGGAUUCAGGACAUUUGUUGGUGUCGGUGAAGGAUGAUGUCACAAAUAUUGCAGACAGUAUGCAAGAAAAUGUGGCGGGUAAAGAGUCGAAUGACAAGUUGAUGAAAAUGGAUGAUCCAAAAUUGACUGACGACAUCGAUGACGUGUUUGAUGAUCUCAGCGGUGUUAAAUUUAGUGAAAGAUAUAAUAGCUGUGCUGAAGAUACAAGUAAAGCUGCUACCAAGGAUGAAAGAAAAGAUGACGGUUUGGCAAAAGCAGGCACCGAAGAGAAAAACGUCACAAGGGCUUUUAACUCGGAGAAAAAACCAAACUUCAUGGCGCCAUUAAUUAAAACAGUAGCCAAAGGCACGGCACUUAUCGGCAUUAUGUUUUUGCUUCACCUCAGGAACAGGAGUCCGGGAAAUACGAGUCAGAUUCAUUGGAAGUCAAGUGGAGUGGGGUUCUUAAAAAUGAAAGAAGAAAAGGGAAGCAAGAUAUAUCCUGUUGACAAGUUCAAAUUUGAGGAUUAAAUGACCCAAUACUUGAGAUAUACAACCCAAAAAUCAAAGUAAGAAAAAUACACUUGUUUACAUAGCAUAUUAUAUUUUUAUAUAUAGGGGCGCGUUCUUUUCGGUACCAAUAUUAUGUUGAGAAACGUGAGAUCUUGCCGCAUAAUACACUUGUACACAAUGCUUCGCUAAUUUAAUGAGAGAGAGAGAGAGAGGUGAGAAAAACGGCGUAAUAUAUUAUGGAGUUAGCGAUUUCGAUAUUUAUAUUUGUUACCAAAGUGUUGUGAAAAAUUAUAUAACAUUCCCUUCUAUUUUAGGCCUUGGGCUUAAUUCUUUG